AUGGGGACCGAGAUCUCACAGUCCUAUCUUGAUGAGAGCCGAGCUCCGUCAGUACAGGGCGUGAUGUGGACAAUGGCCAUUGUUCCGCUGGUAAUCGUUUUGAUGAGAUUGUAUGUGAGAGUGGCUAUCAGGCGUGUUUUUGGCUGGGAUGACUUUAUUAUCAUCAUUGCUAUUUGCUGCCUCGUGGCAUAUGCAGCUGUGUGUCAUGUCGCUUCCACAAUAGGCUUGGGUAGACACCUCGUUGUCGUGGAGCAAGAUCCUGAGAAUCUGAUCAAUGUCGCACUGCUUUGCGACAUCGGCGAAUCCUUGGCCAUCAUGGCGUGCACCCUGGGCAAGACUUCUUUUGCGGUGACCCUGCUGCGGAUUGUGGUGCAAAGGUGGAUGAUAGCAUUGCUUUGGUUUGUGAUUGUCACCAUGAACGUGGUGAACGUCCUCGCGGCCUUGUUCGUUUUUGUUCAAUGCAAAGAUCCUCGACAUUUGUGGAACCCGGCGAUCCCAUCCGAAUGCUGGCCUGACAGUGUCUUCACCCACUUUUCUUUGUUUGUCGGAGCAUACUCUGGCGCGCAGGACUUUGUUCUCGCGCUUUUGCCAUGGACGAUUGUCUGGAAACUGCAAAUGAGAAAGAAGGAGAAGGUUGGCGUAGCCUUUGCUAUGAGCCUUGGAGUGUUUGCUGGUGCAGCUUCCAUCGUCAAGACAACUUAUCUUGUAGCUCUGUCCGCCAAGGCCGACUUGACUUGGGAACUCGCGCCGUUACUUUGGUGGGCUGCAGUCGAGGACGGACUUGCUAUUACGGCAGCAUCGAUUCCCGCUCUGAAGCCUCUUCUGGUCAAGAUCUUCCCGAGCGCAGUGGAUAACAACUACGACAUGAUAUCAUAUCCAUCGGGACCACCUGGCAAAAUCUUCGAUAAUUCGCAGGCGGGACACACACAGACAUUGGGCAUACAAGUGAAGGAGGAGAACAUCAAAAUGACCACAGAGGUUUUGGUAACAGUUCACCAUUCUGGUGGUUAG